CUGGAGCUCACAGUGAGAAAAUUACUGUUUUAUAAACUCAAGAUGGCGUCAACUGGAUAUACGCGUUCAUUAUUGUUGGAUGAUUUAGGCUUCCCUGAAAGUCUACUAGAUGUUUUCGAGCAGUGCGGGAUCGGAUUAUUCGAAGUAAUAACCUUCUCGAUUGAAGAGUUACAGUGUCAUUUGCAGCAAACGGAUGCUGAUUGGAAAAUUGAGGUUAUUUUUGAAGCUAUAAGUUCCUGGCGAAAAAGAAAUAAAUCAGCGAUCCUCAGUGCAUUAACCAGCAACGGACUUCCCGGAAAUGGAGGAGCAAACGAACCCUGUGAGUCAAGUGGAAGCGUGCUGAAUACACAUGCACUUGAAAGAGAGCAGCGAGGCUUAUUACUUACACCCGUCAAUGAAUCGACCGAUUCGGGAAUUGUGUCUACAAAAGCAGUAGGCUGUGUACCCCUUGAAAUAAGAAGUCAGAUUGACUCUGAUUCAUUAUGUACCGGAAAUGAGUCCUCAAAAAUACUGGACGAACUUGAGCUGCUAGAUGUAAGCCAGAGCACGCCAUCGGUGUCGUCGAAUGGCGAGGCGGAACUAGCGACUGUGAAUUAUGUUUGGCCAUUAACCGUUUGUCCGUAA